AUGUCUGCAACCAUCCCUCCGUCGCUGGGAAUGACGCUGGGUGCCGCAUAUUUGGGCGUAGUCGUAUCAGCCAUGUUCCUUGACGCGUUCCAUCUUGCGCUGACUAUUCAAGUCGUGUAUCAUUAUCUCGUUGAGUCGUUUGGGAAUUUUCAGGCUCAGGAAGUUAUCAUUUGGAGCUUCAAGCUUCAAAUUGUUAUCAACGUUGUUAUCAUAAUCCUGGUCCAAUCGCUAUAUGCUGCUCGUGUGUGGAAGCUCGGCCGGCAUUAUCAUGUAUUACUGCCAUGGGUUGUUAUCGUAGUUGUUGCAGCUGGGUACGGUACGUCUGUAUUGAUUGACUAUGUGUUCACCACCUCACCCUCUCUUCCGUUCUUCCCUAACCCCUACCGGACUUCCGGGCUUUGGAUUGCACUUCGCUGGGAUGGGGUGUCUCCCGCUUACUACCUAGCCCGACCACGGACAUUUGAUCACAGAUAUCGCAUCGACUCGUUCCCUGAACUCGUUAAUAUAGCCUGGACGAUUUAUCUUUCCUUUGCGACUUCUACAUUCAUCGAUCUAGUCAUCGCUACAUCUAUGUGUUUUUACUUGCAAAGGAGUCGGUCAGGAUUCUCUGAGCUAAACUCUAGAAUCGUUACGUUGAUGCAGUAUGUCCUUGCGUCUGGAAUGGCAACAAGUGCGUGCUCGAUGGCAGCGCUCAUCGCGUAUGCCUUGCUUCCGAACACACUCGUUUUCCUUGGCAUAGAAUUCCUCCUUACGAAGCUAUACAUCAAUUCAUUCAUCUCAAUGCUGAAUACCCGAAAAGUGACUCCCAAAGAAAUCUCAGAGGGAGUCAGUGGUGGUGGGCUUACCACGGACAACUUCAGAACCUAUACAGCCCCGCUUUCCUCUAGCGGUAACGGAACACAAGUAUUAGUUAGCCUAGCAAUUCGAGGACGAGGCAAGGCCGUAGUAUGCCCAGAGGCGCCUCAAGCCAGGCGUAUGGAGAAAGUGGAGUUCACGGCAGUACGGGAGGACUGGGACGCGGUGCCAAAAUAUUGA